AACGUCCCCACGAGUUCUUAACUUCUAAUUUAAGAGAGAGAGAGAGAGAGAGAGAGAUGAAGGAUUGGUGCCCUUACAUGAUGAUGAUGGUCCUACAGCUGGGGCUUGGGACGGGAGAUAUUGUAAGCAAAGGCGCGUUGGAGGGAGGCAUGAGCUACCAUGUAUUUGUUGUGUAUAGACACGCUGUGACCACACUCAUUCUCUCUCCCUUGGCUUUCUUCCUAGAAAGGAAAACACGCCCACCUCUCACAAGGCCAAUCUUCUUCAAGUUGUGCUUGUUGGCUUUAUGUGGGUAUACAGUGGCACAAAAUGCUUAUUUUGCAGGCCUUUUUUACUCCUCUCCAACUGUUACCAGUGCCAUGAACAAUCUUUGCCCAGCCAUUACCUUCAUCUUGGCAAUAAUAUUCAGGAUGGAGAAGGUGAACACUAAAACUCAUCGUGGGCAAGCCAAGGUCCUGGGCACCUUGAUUUGCUUAGGAGGUGCAAUGACCUUCAUUUUUUAUAAGGGUUACCUCUUCCCACCCCUCAAGGAUUCCUCGAUUGAUAUUCAUGGCCUCAACUCUCAUAGUGGGGCAACACAUGCCAAAUCAGACUGGGUUAAGGGUUCCUCGUUCGUAAUUCUUGCAAUGUUGUGCUGGAGCGUGUUUCUAAUUCUACUGACAUCUCUCUGCAAAGACUAUCCUGCCCCGCUUUCAAUGAAUGCAUGGAUUUUUUGCUUUGUCGUAAUCCAAUCGGCCGCUGUUGCUGUGAUCUUUGAGAGGACAGCUUCACCUUGGGCACUGGAUUGGGAUCUGAAGCUCUUAGCCUAUGUCUACAAUGGAGUUUUGGUUUCGGCAAUCGGUUAUAGUCUACAAACUUGGUGCAUCUCCAAGAAAGGACCGGUGUUCGUCGCCUUGUUCUUUCCCCUCCAGCUUAUAAUUGCUGCCAUCCUUAGCGCGCUUAUCUUAAGGGAGCGACUCCACUUGGGCAGUGUUAUUGGGGCAUGUCUCAUAAUUUUAGGCUUUUAUUGUGUUACAUGGGGUAAGAGCAAGGAUCACAAAGAUCAAGAGUUAGAUGAGAGAAAUCAGACACGCGAUGAAGAAAAGGACCUCAAUAAGAAUGUUGGAGUGAGCCCCUGAAUGGUUUAUUGCUCUUCUUUUAUUACUGCAAAGAGAGAAAGUGGAGAUUUUUAGGCAUACACUUGAGUGUUUUGGGACCCUGUUACAGAUCCUAUUUUAGAGAGAGAAAGUACACUUUUGAAGUGUGUUUGUAUCGUAUUUUAGGCCCUGUUUAGAGAUAGUUAAAGCUGUUGAAAAUUGGAGCUUUGAGACUCAAUAUCUCUUUUAAUCUUCGCAAAUAAGUAAGUAAAGUCUCACACCAUUCUCCUGUGGAUGUAGAUCAUGAUUUGUGAUCAAACCACGUUAAAUUAUUGUGCUUUGUGAAUACUUGUAGCUGGAUUUUUAUUCCAUUUUCAUGCUUAAA